AUGAAGUCUUAUAAUACUAAAGACUGCUUUUUAAACCCGAAAAGAUCUGCAAUUACUAAUACAGUUCCUUCUAGCAACAAACAUAAUGAGGAGAAUAGAGCAUUAAUUAUAAGUGAAACUAAGAGUAGGUCACUUAAAGCGAUCGAUAUUAAAGGAAUUAUAAAAAAUAAAACAUCAGAAUUCAUUGUAGACUCUGGUUCAGAUUUUAAUUAUGCUCACGAGAAGGUACUUAAAGUGAUGAAUCUAAAUUAUGAAGAAACAAAUCCUAUCACCCUGAUAUUUGGAGGAGGAAAGAAAGAAACUACUAACACCAAGAUAACAGUGAAUAUAAGCUUCAACACUGUGAAAUAUACGGUAGAGUUCUAUGUACUAAAGGAACUACCAGUAUCAUUUAUUUUAGGAAAUGAAUUCUUAAUCAAUAAUAAUUGCGGCAUUAAGUAUGGAAAAAGGACAUUUAGCAUAGGCACGGAUAACGUUAUGAAACUAGAGGGAUGCAACAAAUCUACUGAUGAGAUACUCGAUGAAUGGUUAAGUGAAAACAUUUGUCUUUCAAUAUUCGGGACUAUCCUGAUUUAA